ACAUACCUCAUUUUGUGACUCACUGAAGUUACUAGCUCCUGAAUCUUGCCUUCCUUGGGAAUCACAGGAACUUUUCCUUCAUUUUUUGCUGCAUUUGAAAAAUGGAAUCUAAGAAGACUCAGAACCGCCAUUCUCUUGCCUGCAAGUUUUGCCUCAGGACUCAGGAAACCUUGACUGUUCACCUGAGAAGAGCCUGCAAGAGAGAUGCAGAUGCAGAAGAAAUUGAGCUUCUGAUGCAGGAAGCAAAAGCAAAGAUGCGAUCAAUCCUGAAAGGGCUUAGUGUCGUUAAAUAUGAAGACCUGGACUAUAAGGAUUCUGAUCCUCUGGAUUUUUUUGUCAAUUUCCUUGAGAAAAAUGGCUGCUAUGUUAGAGGGAAGCCUGAGAAGUCAGCAAGCUCUCCCAUGGAAGAGAGAAUACGUCCAUCCGAUAUAAACAGAACCAAGGUGAACCUCAAUCGGGCAGCUGACAAAGUAGUGGAGAGACAGGCACCUUUUAAAGAUCUGGACCUGUCACAUAAGAAGACCAAACCUGUACAUGAAAAAGAGGUGGAGACACAAGGACCUGUUAAAGUGCUGGACCUCUCUGUCAGGUCACAUAAGAAGACCAAACCCAGCCCAGUGAAUGCUGAAAAAGUGCAGAGACACCGACCUAUUGCUGAACAGCCGGACCACCCCAUGGAGUCAGAAGAGGAGGACAUUGUAGGCCCUGUAAAUGAAAAAGAGGUGGAGACACGAGGAUCUUUUAAAAAGCUGGACAUCCCCAUCGAGUCAGAAGAGGAGGACAUCGCAGGCCCUGUAAAUCAAAAAGAGGUGGAGACACGAGGACCUUUUAAAAAGCUGGACAUCCCUGUUGAGUCAGACAAGGAGAACCAUGCAGGCCCAUCGACUGAUGAUAAUGAUGAUGAUGAAAAUCCAAAAAAGCUGGACCAGAGCAAGACAGAGUCACAUCUAAUUCUGCUGAAGAAAAAAAUGAAGGCAGCCGGGAUGUACAGGAAACACUCUCUUGAAUGUGAUCUUCUUGUUAGUUUCCGAACAUUUCUUCAGCAAGAAUUACGAGUUAGAAGAUGGUCACAAGAGGUUGGAAAUGUGGCCAGGUUUUUAUAUUUUGUGGACCCCUCCAAACCCUCCUUAAAGUUCCUGGAUGAUACACCGAAGGCAGAGAAGGCAGUGGCUUUUUUUACUGAACUGGCAAGUUUGGGGAACAGUCAUGCCACUCAGUUCACCUACCUGAAGCACAUUAAAAGGUUUGUUCGGUCUCAGAUGAAUACUCUAACUUCAUCACAUCAAUCUAAAGAAACAGUGGAAAGAUGUAAGCUGUUUCUCAAGAUGACUGAGGGUCUACAGGGAAAGCUGAGCAAAGGAAUUUCAGCUGAGACUGUGGGGAAAAAGUAUGACUACAUGACAUCUGGAAAAAAGGACCCAGUGGAGUGUCAGAGGAUUCUCGCAGUGGCAAGGCCAACGAUCGAGCAGCUGAUAAAGAAGGCCAAGAUGGGUGGAACACUUUUGGAUAAAGAAAAGUGUGUUGUCCUCUAUUACUUGGAGGCAAUAGUUGUCCUAAAGCAACUCCAGCGACCAGGAGUUGUGCAGAAUAUGACUGUUGAAGAAUGGCGCAACAGGAAAUUGUCGGACUGCAAGACACGUAUGGCCAUUGCUGUAAAAAAACAUAAGACUGCUACACAGCAAGUCGCCACUGUACUUUUAGAAGAAGAACAGUGGUUUGAUGUGUUCUAUAAAAAAAUACGGCCAUCCUUUGUCAGGAGUGGGACAAGCCCGAAGACAUUCUUCAUCUCAUCAUCAGGGGAGCCGAUUCACAGUGUGACAAACGACAUUGCUAGACUUCAUCAGAAGUUUAAUUUGCGCCCUGUGACUAGUCAAGAGGCUAGAAGAAGAAUGGAGACAUACAUGGCCUCCCACUUAAAAACUGAUGCAGAGAGGUACUCGUUUGCCAAGAUGCUGGGCCAUUCAAAUUUGACUGCCGAAAGGGUUUAUCGAGAGAAGACCAUUGAAAAUAUGGUAGAAGCGGCAGAAGUCAUGAAGAAGGCAUUGUAUGGCCCCCAGGCUUCGACAUCAAGGUUUAAACAGAUGCCACAGCAGCCACUGGAAACGGAAAGUACAGUAGUCUCUCGAGACUUGAGGGAGAAUGCUUUUGAGAGAUUCAAACAAGCCCGUCCAGUCACCCAUGAUGCAAAUCCUCCUUGCUUAAAGGCAGCGUUAGCCUUUUCCCAUGAGUACGGCCAGUACUGUUAUGAUCGAUGGAGAAAACUACAGAACAAGAUGAGGGUGGAUUAUGUUGCUGGAAUUUUCAAAUAUCAGAAACCAAAUGAAGAGAGAGUGAGAGAAUGUAUCGAAGGCCAUGCAUGGAAGACCAACUAACCACGGAUACGGGAUAUUCUGGAAACCAUAAAGCCACGUGGAUAGCAAACCAGGUUUCUAAACACGUGUCAAGUGGAGUGAGCAUGAAUUCAGCUGGAUAAAAGUUUGAAAGUUUGAAAAGAUUGGUGGAAUGCAUUGGCAUCUGCAGAUUUCCUCAUAACAGAUGUAGAUGAGACAUUAGCACCUUAAACCAUCAAGAGAGUUGGAAGAGAUUGUUCGUCUAAUGAAUAUGUCAGAUGGGAGAAACCUUGCCCUGUUUUGGAUUCUGCAGCAUUUUUAAUGACUGGUAGCCAAAUAGAAAUAUUUGGCUGGGAGUUUUUGUUGGGGGGGUUGUUUGUUUUGAAAAUGUUUAUUUGUGCACGGACGUCAUAUCCCUCUCCUAAUUCAUUUCUGGCAUUGGCCCGAUCAAUAAGCUCAGCAAAAUAGUGGUUUGCCAGUUUUAGCACUUCUUGGCACUCUCUUGGAUUUGUGCACCUUCUGUAAAAAGAGAAAUACAAAAGGCAAAUUUAGCACACAGGCCUAUAAACAGACAUAUCCUAUACAGCAUCACCUGCUGUUAAUGAGACUUACCUUCCAACAGAGUUUUCCUUACUGGCACCUCUGCAAAUGGAUUUCUGGGCCUCUGUCAUGCUUUUUAAAAAUUUUUGAAUUGACCCACGCAGAGAUGGAUCCUCUUCCAACAGCUGAUCCUCUGAGGUGACAUAAGCAAUAAAUUUUUUUACACCGCUCA